AUGAGCAGCGACCCGCACCGGCGGCAGCGUGCGGCCCCUGCCGAGGACGAGGACGAGGAGGACCCCGUGGAGGCCAUGAUAUCCAAGACGGGCUGCCUCGAGAAGCACUACGCCGUCCAGCUCCUAAAUGGCCACACCCCAAGACUCUGCCUGCUAUGGUGGCCGGCAGCAGGCACUGUGGCCCUAGCUGGCUCCUCAGUGGUGGCCGGUCUACUGCUGGGCCAGAGGCUAGUGGGGCCAGUGAGGAGACUGGCGACACUGGCCACGCUGGGCCCCACCAAGAUGGCCAUUGUGGUGCAGGCGGACCUAAAGAUGGGCCGAGGCAAGGUGGCAGCCCAGUGCUGUCAUGGGGCGCUGGCAGCUUACCGGCAGGCCCAGCGACGCAGCCCACAGCUCCUGCAGGCAUGGGAGGACAGCGGCCAGCCCAAGGUGGUGCUGAAGGCCAGUGAUGCCGAGGAGAUGCAGCGCCUGGCCACGGCGGCAGAGAGUCAAGGUGUGCUGGUAGUGUCAAUCAGGGACGCCGGACGUACGCAGGUGCCCAGUGGCUCUCUGACAGUGGUUGCGAUUGGCCCGGGGAGGUCACCCGAUGUGGACAAGAUCACGGGUCAUCUCAAGUUGCUGUAGAGGUCGUUAGCAGGUCAUCUCAAACUACUGUGGUGGUUGGUAGGUCUUUUCCGCCUAUUUUAGGAGUUGUUAGGUCAUAUGUUGAGAUACGUUUGAGGUCAUUAGGUCAUCUUAGGAUAUUGUAGAGGUCAUUCAGUCAUCUUAGGUUACUGCAGAGGUUGUUAGGUCAUCUCAGGAUACAUAUGAGGUCAUUGGUAGGUCAUCAUAGGCUGCUGUAAAAGUCAUUAGGUCAUUUUAGGUUGUUGUAGAGAUUGUUAGGUCAUUUUAGGAUGCAAUUGAGGUCAUUGUAGGGUAGUGUAGGUCAUUAGAAGGUCAUCUGAGCCUAGUGUGGACGUUACAAAGCCCCUUUUU